AUGUCCAAUCCUGUUGUUCUGCGCAGUAUUAGGAGAUUUGAAGAGGAUAACUACAUUUAUGACUCAGAUGGAUCAGAUAACAACCAUAAGAAACCAGAGUCAUCAAACAAGAAAGAAAAUGACAUUCGGCUUGGUUUCUUUCAACUGUUUCGAUUCUCUUCAUCAUCUGAGAUUUUGAUGAUGGCUUUUGGUAGUUUCUGUGCCAUUCUUCAUGGAGCAGCCCAGCCAUGCAUGUUGCUUGUCUUUGGUCUGAUGACAGACACAUUUAUUCAAUAUGACAUUGAGAAGCAAGAACUUAGCAACCCAGACAAGGCAUGUGUGAAUAGCACCAUAGUGUGGAUCAACAGUUCCCUUCAUCCAAAUGAAACAAAUACACCAAUAAGUUGUGGAUUCCUGGACAUUGAAAGUGAAAUGAUCAGAUUUGCAAGUUAUUAUGCAGGAAUUGGCUGUGUGGUGCUUGUGUUAGGAUACCUCCAAAUCUGUUUUUGGGUAAUGUCUGCAGCUCGUCAGAUUAAGAAAAUCAGGAAAGCAUAUUUCAGGAAAAUAAUGAGAAUGGAUAUAGGCUGGUUUGACUGUACGUCAGUAGGAGAACUGAAUACACGAAUCUCUGAUGAUGUGAACAAAAUCAAUGAUGCUAUUGCUGAUCAAGCAGCACUCUUUAUCCAGCGCUUCACCACCUUUAUUUGUGGAUUCCUGUUAGGAUUUGCUAGUGGCUGGAAACUGACCCUGGUUAUUAUUGCUGUCAGCCCACUACUUGGGAUUGGAGCAGCUACCCUGGGCUUAGCUGUGGCAAAACUGACAGGCCUAGAGUUAAAGGCAUAUGCAAAAGCUGGUGCUGUGGCUGAUGAAGUGCUGUCAUCAAUCAGAACAGUGGCUGCUUUUGGUGGGGAGAGGAAAGAAGUUGAAAGGUAUGAUAAAAACUUAGUGUUUGCCCAGCGCUGGGGAAUUAGAAAAGGAAUGAUAAUGGGAUUCUUCACUGGUUACAUCUGGUUCAUAAUCUUCCUGUGUUAUGCAUUAGCCUUUUGGUAUGGCUCAAAACUUGUCCUUGACGAAGAUGAGUAUUCACCUGGGACUCUCUUACAGGUUUUCUUUGGAGUCUUAAUAGGUGCUUUAAAUCUUGGUCAGGCUUCUCCUUGUUUGGAGGCUUUUGCCACUGGCCGCGGGGCUGCAACAAACAUCUUUGAGACGAUAGAUGCAAAACCUACCAUUGACUGCAUGUCAGAAGAGGGCUACAAGCUGGAUAAAAUAAGAGGUGACAUUGAAUUCCAUAAUGUAACAUUCCAUUACCCAUCCAGGCCCGAAGUAAAGAUUUUGGAUAAUCUUAGCAUGGUUAUUAAAUCAGGGGAGACAACCACUUUUGUUGGACCCAGUGGAGCUGGGAAAAGCACCACAGUGCAGCUCAUCCAGAGGUUCUAUGACCCCACUGAAGGCAUGGUUACCCUGGAUGGCCAUGACAUUCGCUCCCUUAACAUUCAGUGGUUGCGCUCACUGAUUGGUAUUGUUGAGCAAGAACCAGUCCUGUUUGCUACCACAAUUGCAGAGAAUAUUCGCUAUGGUCGUGAUGAUGCUAGUAUGGAAGACAUCAUCAAAGCAGCCAAGGAAGCCAACGCCUACAACUUUAUCAUGGAUCUGCCACUGCAAUUUGACACCCUUGUUGGAGAGGGUGGAGGCCAGAUGAGUGGAGGUCAGAAACAAAGGAUAGCUAUUGCUCGAGCCCUUGUCCGAACCCCUAAAAUCCUGCUACUAGAUAUGGCCACGUCAGCACUGGACAAUGAAAGUGAAGCUAUUGUCCAAGAAGCACUUCAUAAGGCACGCCUUGGGCGCACUGCAAUCUCAAUAGCUCAUCGUCUGUCCACAGUUAAAUCUGCUGAUGUCAUCAUUGGGUUUGAGCAUGGAAGGGCGGUUGAGAGAGGAACACAUGAGGAGCUACUGGAAAGGAAAGGGGUUUAUUUCACACUGGUGACCUUACAAAGCCAAGGAGACAAAGCACUUACUGAAACAGCAGUGGAAAAAAAUAACUUGCUUGUUACACCAAACCUUAAGAAAGACCAGUCGUUUAGCCGUGGGAGCUAUCAAAGCAGCUUGCGCGCUUCAGUUCGACAGCGUUCCAGGUCUCAGCUCUCUAAUGUAGUACCCAGCCAUCCGUUAUCAGUCACUGGAGACCAGUCAGACACUGUAUAUCGAGUGCAUCAAUAUGAAGAAGGCAUAUCUACACAAAAGACAUUUGAGGAGGAAGAAGAGGAAGUGUAGCCUGCACCAGUCACCAGGAUUUUGAAAUACAAUUCUCCGGAGUGGCC